AUGGGUGGUCAGGUGUUCGGCAAACUGGCGUUCGUGCGGAACGUGGUAUACGUGCGGCUCUCGCAGUACGAACAGAGAGCGUUCCCCGACUUCUGGGCCAAGACGUGGAACGGAUUCAAACGCGACUUCAAUAGUGUGGCCCCAUAUGCCGGCCCCUUCUUCCUCCAGGCAUACGUCCUCUACCUCUGGGGUGAGGCCGAGAAUAUACGGCUCAAACGCAAGAACCCCGCAGACUAUGCUAACGAUGUCUAG